AUGAUAGGAGGUAAAAGUUCGCCGAAAUCGAUGAAGAAUUCAAUAGGUAGUACACUUCGAAAGUGGAGAAGCACUCUGCGGAAGGUGACCCAUGAUACGUUAAACUCACUAGAUGAGGUGACAGCAAAUGAGGAGAAGAUAGAUGCUCUAUUUGAUGGAGAAGGUGGAAAAACUGUUAACUGGGGUCCAGUUCGGACCAGCAAAAAUGGGUUGGUACAAGUGCAUGAGGAGGAUAUGCUUGAAGAAGAUGUUACAAAUGAUCUCAAGUCGUCAAGUUUCGGUUUUGAAAAGAGUACAACAGCUCAACCGGUUGGAAUUCAAGGACUCUUGAAAUCUGGAAGUAUUGAGCAGAUAAGCUCGGGCUCUAGGUCGCUUGUGGGAGGUGUAGGCGGAACUAGUAUGAGGCUUUCAGAAGAGAGUGAAGAAGGUGGGUCAACUACUGGUACUAGCAACAAACAUGAGCAGCUAACAAUAAUGAAGUCUAGCUCAGGAGGUAGCCAAGGUGUUUCACAUAAAGAAAAGUUGACCUAUGAUAACUUUGACGCUGUUGCGGAAUGUAAUAAACUUCGACAAAGAUCGGAUAAGCCAUUUGUUGGUGGUCCAAAGAUCUGGGAGAAAAGGAGAAAGCUCUGGUGCGAGCCCUCAGUCUCUGCUGAAGAAAUCGCUCACCGUAGAGAGAAUGGGAGAGGUGUUUUUGAUGCAAUUCCAGAGGCUUAUCAUACUAGUGUUUACAAGAAGUUGGUUGUUGAUAAUAAACCUUUAAAGGAACCGUUGAACUUAUCUCAUGCGAUGAAAGUAAUUAAUGCUGGUUGGAUAGAUACAAAAAAAUGGGCUAACGCCGGUAAGGGAUUGCCAUAA